AUGGGACCCUUUUCCUCUAUACAUAUUAACGAGGUGCAGGUCCAAGGAUGCCAGCUUGUUGCUCCCCAGGCCGCGUUCUCCUCUGCCAUCGUUUACCUUCACCAGUUGCGUGUGAUGACAGAAGCAUACGAGUUGCCCAUGAGCGAACAGUCCCUGGAGACAGCCCACCUGGAGGGCUUUGCGCUCGAGCAUUUGAAGAAAGAGCUCUUCAAGUUCAUUGACCCCCAUUGGGAGAGUGGACCGUUUGUUCUAUCUCGCCUAGACCUGAGGUGGCCAAAUAUCAUCGUGGAUGAUGAUUUAAAUAUCCUUGCUGUCAUCGAUUGGGAGUGGACAGGCUCUAUCCCCCGACAACUUUUCACGCCACCAUCUUGGUUCGCAGGCCGCGAACCACUGUUUGUGACUGGCCGCGCUGAGUUUGCUCAUUUCCGCAAGAUCCUCCUAACUAAAGCUGACACGUCGGGCGCCUGUCGUCUGCUUUCAGAGGAAUGGGAUUUCGAGUUGCUGAGCCGCGUAGGACUUCCUAUUGCCGAGCUGCUACGUCACCAUUCUCAGCUGAUUGCCAUAUUUUACCGGACCCUGUAUCCGAGACUCUUCGCGGCACCUAAGCAAGAAGUGAUCCCACGGUUUUUCGAAGAUGAUGAGAAUGACAACUCGCACGGGAAGUCAAUCGGAGAGUGGAACGCUCAGAGCAAUACGCACAGUAUCUUAAGGAUAAUGGAUUAUUUGUGCCUGACAAAGAGGCAAAGGCUGCCUGCGCAGAUCCCCUCUAAAUGGAGAGCCGCGUUCCGCGUCUGCAUCAAGCCCCUUGCUCGUAGCUUUCCAAGGCCCGUUUCUCAGCCCGUAGCCGGUCGAGACCUCUUUCCCUAG